GUUGUUAUUGGGCCUCCCGGAUCGGGAAAAACUACUUAUUGUAAUGGCAUGCAACAAUUCCUUCGCGCCACGGGGAGAAAAAUUUCGGUAGUGAAUCUCGAUCCGGCAAAUGAUUUUUUACCAUAUGAAUGUGCAAUAAAUAUGGCAGAUUUAAUUACAUUAGAGGAAGUUAUGGAAGAAUUUAAGUUAGGUCCAAAUGGGGGUAUGAUGUAUUGUAUGGAAUAUUUAGAAAAAAACAUUGAUUGGCUUGAGGAAAAGCUAAAGAGCUUAAAAGAUGAAUAUUUUUUAUUCGAUUUUCCUGGUCAAGUUGAACUCUUUACUCAUCACGGAUCGGUUAAAAAUAUCAUUGAAAGAUUGCAAAAGUUGGACUACAGGCUUGUAACGGUUCAUCUGGUAGAUGCACAUUAUUGUACUGACCCAUCAAAAUAUAUUUCAGCAUUAUUAUUGUCACUUAAAACAAUGUUACAGAUUGAAUUACCUCAUGUAAAUGUACUUUCAAAGGUUGAUCUAAUGGAAUCGUAUGGCAAAUUAGCUUUUAACUUGGAUUUUUAUACCGAAGACAAGAAGUCGGUGAUGGAUCUUGUUAAAGUAAUAGACAAAGCAAAUGGAUAUGUAUUUGGCGGAUUGACAGAAGGUAAUGAAAGUAUUAUGUUGACUGCAAUGAGUGAUGUAAAUAGUUUUCACGAUGUCAUGGAUGUGCAAGAAAGAUGGUUAGAUCAUAGAGAAAUAUGGGAUGAAUGGGAAGCUAAGCAAAAGCAACAGGUGGAUCAAUAUAAGCAAGGAUGA